CCUAAAGGUUUCAUUAUUCCAAAUCCUCACUAAUUAUUGCCAUACCCGUGCUGCAUUUCACUAUCAGACCAGCCCAGGCAGCGAUGGCCCCUCUGAGGUCAUGACUACUGUCUCCCUUGCUGAACUUUCACAACUCCGUGUUUCGUUGUCUGAGAAAACUGAAUUAUUAGAGCAAGCUCGACGGGAGCUCAAUUCUCUGCGUUAUCAUCACCGACAACAGCAACAACAAAUUCAAUCUUGCACCGGUCUUCAUCAGACUAUAUAUGGCAAAGACGAAGGCCCUGCUGUCGGUGGUCGAAUUGAUCGUUCGGAACCGGCCACACCUUCGAUUGAAAACACACAAAUGAAUGCUCAAAUAGAUGCGUCCAACGGAAAAAUUAAAAUAUGA